AUGGAAAUCAUCAAGCUUAAAGCUAAGGACGGUGAAAUCAUUAAUACUAAACGAAGCGUGCUCAAGAUCUCCGAAAUAUUGCAAAAGAUGAUGGAAGAACUGACACCGGUCGAAGACGGUGAAAACCUUCUUACUGUUCCGGAUGUUGAUGGCGAUUGUUUAUGCAAGAUUGUCAUGUGGAUGGAACAUUACGCCGAGGUUCAGGAUAAACGUUCUGGAAGAGAUAGCGAGGACAUAGAGAUUCCUAACAACCAAGAGCAACACCCGCAAUGGCUUGGAGGCACCGCCAAGAACAACGCGUGGAACAUCGAAUUUUUCUCGAAUUUCCCACAGAUUUUUAUUAUGAUAGCCGCUGCAAAUAGGCUGAAAGUGCAUAGCCUCGUGGAUGCUGCAGUCCACUUCCUUUUCGCCUGUUCAAAGGGAAAACAUUCGGAAGAGAUACGAGACCUGGCGGAGAACGGUGUUAUUGAGAUACCGGCGACGAUUCACGAUUCGAUGGAGAUUUGA